AUGUGUUCUGAUGAAUCGUGGUCAGAAAUCGCCUUACGGGCAGUUGAGGAGGAAGAGGACUGUUACUACACCUAUGACGGUCGAAUCGUUUACGAUUUAUCGGAAGUUNGGAAGUUCCCGCGGGUGUCGUACUACACAAGCAUCACCGUCUACGUGGUGGUAAAGGAGAUAGAAAAAACCACAAAUCAUGAAAUGUGUCGCGAUUUAUCUGGUCGGCGAAUGCGCGAUGUGAACACCGAACGCAAACUGCGCGAAUGGUAUGCUAAAGCGUCGGAUCGUGAAAGGGAAAAGUUGGAACGAUAUCAUGCGCGGCGCCAGCGAAGACAAGAGUUACUUUCGAAAGGUCCAUUGCCUGAUCACAAGUUUUCUGAUAGCAAAUAUGAACGUCAGAAGCCGAUCGCAUCUAUUCUAAACGAGAAGCGAACCUCUUCAUCGGUCUCCACCUCUUCCACAUCGUCGGAGCCGUCGAAACCGAAAAAGAGUCGUCUCUGGAUUGAAAAACUUGAUGGAGACUUUUCAAGUUCUAGCAGUUUCAGUAGCGGCGUGAGUAGUGAUGAAGCUGAGGAGUCAUCUCAUUCAUCCGACCGGUCGGAAGACUCAGCCGCUCCUGAUUCGAUUGAACAGUUACCGACCUCACGUUCGUCUCAGGAAGCAGGUUCGAAAAUUCCCAAGGAUAUCAGUAAACAACAUAGCGACUUAAAUCGUUCGAAUGUAACGAUCAAUCCUAAUGCUGAGGAAACACCCACUCCAAAGCCACCCGCCCAACCGCUUACAGAUGAACAACUAAAAUCAGCUCCAAACUCUCAAGCGCUGGAAGAAUUCGGUUUAGAAGUUCUGAAAGAAACCCUAACGUCAAAAGGACUUAAAUGCGGUGGUACAUUAUCCGAGCGUGCAACGCGCCUUUUCUCUAUUCGUGAUCUGGCUCCAGAAGACUAUCCCGCGAAAUUACGUGCGAAAUCUAAACCGCCAAGCAACUGA